AACAGGUCUGUGCACGUUUAUAACGGAGCGCAUGUCCGGUGCAGCUCAGUGCGCGCGCGCUUCCCUCCGCAGUAGCGCGUGAUCAGCCGCGAGACCUGAAAAUCGGUUUUGUUCUCGUGCAGGUCGGUCGGACCGGAUCAUGACGGAUGACCCGUGCACAGCGCGGGAUUUCUGCACGCGCGCUCCACGCUGAGGUUCGGUUCUGCUGUCUGUUCGUGUCGUUGUUGCAGAAGUUUGGCGGCUCGCUUCACUUCGGAUCGAGCCCCGAGUGCAGCCGGUUUUGCAGAGCGCGUGCGCGAUGAACCCGGAGAACCCCGGCGACGGGACACGUCGCGACCCCUCUCCUCCUCUUCCCGAUCCCACACCCGAUCGUCCACCCCACGCCGCCGACGAGUCGGGAGCCGGUAAGGAUGCUGAGCAGCAGCACGUGCGCGCGGACACCGGGAGCCCGGCGGAGUUCGUGCCCCCCGAGGGAGGCUACGGCUGGCUCGUGGCGUUCGCCGCCACCUGGUGCAACGGCUCCAUCUUCGGCAUCCAGAACUCGUUCGGGAUCCUUCACGUCAUGCUGGCCAAGGAGCACGAGGACCAGACCUCCCAGUUCAAAGUAGCGUGGGUGGGGGCGUUGGCUAUGGGGAUGAUCUUUUUCUGCUCCCCUGUGGUCAGCAUGUUCACCGAUCACUUUGGCUGCAGGAAGACGGCGGUGGGCGGAGCCUUCGUCGCCUUCCUCGGGCUCCUGAGCAGCUCGUGUGCCACGACUCUGGGACUCCGUUACUUCACCUACGGCGUGCUGUUCGGCUGCGGCUCGUCCUUCGCCUUCCAGCCCUCGCUGGUGAUUUUGGGGCACUACUUCAGGCGGCGUCUGGGUCUGGUGAACGGCGUGGUGACGGCAGCCAGCAGCGUCUUCACCAUGGUCCUGCCCGUGCUGCUGGAGAAGGUGGUCGGACCCCUCGGCCUCGCCAGGACCUUCCAGAUCCUCAGCCUCUUCAUGCUGGUGCAGUCGCUGCUGGCACUCUCAUUCCGCCCGCUCAUGCCCCCGGGGUCUAUGGGCCCCGCCAGAGAGCAGGGGUCCACGGCGGGGACCAGGUGGAGGAGGGGCGUGGUGAAAGUGAGGAAGUACUUCAACGUGCGAGUGUUCAGAGUGGCGACGUACCGGGUGUGGGCGUUCGGCGUGGCGACGGCCGUGCUGGGUUACAUGGUGCCCUACGUUCACCUGAUUAACUUUGUGAAGGAGCAGUUCGGUGACACUCAGAGGGAGUGGGUGCUGCUGGUGUGUAUCGGAGCGUCUUCCGGAGCCGGACGCCUGCUGUUCGGCAAAGUGGGAGAUCUCAUCCCUGGGGUGAAGAAAAUCUACCUACAGGUGGCCUCGUUUAUGGUGCUGGGUCUGAUGUCCAUGAUGAUCCCGCAGUGCGGCGUGUUCGGCGCCCUGGUGGUGGUGUGUGUGUUCAUGGGUCUGUGCGACGGCUGCUUCAUCACCAUCAUGGCCCCCAUCGCCUUCGAGUUGGUGGGGCCCAUGCAGGCCUCGCAGGCCAUCGGGUACCUGCUGGGCCUCAUGGCCGUGCCCAUGACCGCGGGGCCGCCGAUCGCUGGUCUUCUGCACGAUCAUUUGGGGAAUUACAACGUGGCAUUCUACCUGGCCGGCGUGCCCCCCAUGGUGGGCGCCGUGGUUCUGUUCUUCGUCCCGCUGGUCCACAGGCGGGUUCAGAAGAAACGGGGCGGGGCAGAAGAUGCCAGCUCUCACAGCAUGCUGAAGAACUGCGCCAACGGAGACGUGCUGCCCGGAUACACACACGCCGACACACACACAUGAGGCGCCGGCAGCAGGUAUUGAUGAUUUACUUUAGCAGCUGUGUGUGUGAGUGUGUGAGAGAGAGAGUGUGUGUGUGUGUGUGUGUGUGUGUGUGUGUGUGAAUCUUCUUCUUCCUUGGAUUAAUCUAUCCUGGACUCCUGAACUUCUAGAAGAACGUCUUGCUCUCUUCGUCCCUCCUUCAGCGCUCCUCGCUCGCUCUAUUGCGGAAUUCUGGGAAUUUUCUUGUUUAUGGGAAUUCCUUUUCAUGUUGACUGAAGUUCCUGGAGGAGCUGGAUGAUGAACCUGCGACUGAACUGAAACGCCUCUGAUGAGAGGAGGAGACGGAUGCUCUGCUACAGACGGACGUAAGAAACGCUGGUAGUGACCAGGAGUCGAGAUAAAUAAUCAUAACAUUUUUAUGAUUAUUAUUAAAAAAGGCUUUUAGGUUUUCAUGAAGCUGUUCUUCUCUGGUCCAGUGCUGAGCUUCUCUGUUCCUCAUCCAGGUCCAAACGUUCCCCUAAAAACAUUCACUACAUCAAAUCUGAUAUAUAAUAUUUCUCAUACUUUUUUAUUUGAUUUGCAUGUUUUACACAAUGCAGUAACGACCCCGACAGGGCAGCAGUCCAUCACCUCCCAUCAUGCCUGUAUGUAGAUGCCUGACCGGCUGAUGGCUGAACCCUGGAUCCUGUUACAUUCUUUACUGCUAGAACAUUUUACCAGUGUGUGUGUACAUGGACGGUCGAUUAUUAUUCAUAUUUCUGAAGCUUUUUUAUAUUUUACCUCUGUGCCUUCAUCCCAUGUAGAUCAUUCCAACCUGCUGAAACUGAAGGAUUUGAUGUCUGAAAGCUCUGAUUGGCUCUUUGAAUCUCAGCUGCUUUUCUAUUGGUCUCUGGUCCAGACCUUAUUUCAGACCAGUAUUUCUCUUGGCCAGUGUGGUGAAUACAGUUGGUUGUGUGGGCAGGGGUGCACAGAUCUACCCAGAGGUGCUACCCUGUACAGUCCUCCAGAGAUCCCUGUCGUCCACAAGGUGGCAGCGGUGCAUUAACCAAACCUCAAAUUCACACAAACCUCAACCCAAAAACAACCCCCUCUCCCCAUAGGAACACCUAUCUGGUACAAACAUCCCUUCAUUUUAUUCAUUUAUAUUUUAUAACUGACCAUAUGAUGAAGUUCAAUUACUGACUGUAGCCUAUCUGUUACUCAGUACACUUCCCCUGUUACCCCCCCAUAUAGAAGGGUCUUUUAACCUCUUUUGUCCUGUGUAAAUGUGUUUGUAAAAAUGUUAAGUGUUAUUAUGGGUAUUAAUUCGUUUUUAUUUGUAAUUUGAUUAUUUUUUAUGGUAAGAAUUUUAGCUUGUUUAAAUAUUUCGAUUGUUGGCAAAUUUCACUGCAAAAAACUUAAAGCACUUAAAAAAAUGACUUAAAUAUGUAGAAGUUACAUAAAAUAUAAACUUAUUUCUAUACUUACUAGUAAUAAUUAUAUAUACGUAUGUAAUACAAUGAACGGAAAGGACUUUAUUACCAUCAGAGUUUAGUUUCUGUUUAAUUCCGUUUAAUUUCGUGUAUUUUUGUGUAUUUUCAAGUUUGUGUUACUCUGCCCUAAAAAGACCGAGCCAGUAAAACCUGAACUUAAUCUUGAUCCUUAAUCUUAAGCCUCCGUUGUGCCUGGGAUUAAACCCACUAAUCCUAAUCACACUAAUUAUUUCCUCAGCACUUAAUCUAUUCAUGCAUCAUGUGGGUUUAGUGUUACAGUGUUUUCCUCUUUUGUUUCUUUAGUAUUCAUGAUGUUUGUAUAAAUUUAUGAUGAAUUUACAAGCUUUUGAUUAUCUGUAGUAAUUGAAAUACUUUCCUUUUUUAAUAUUAAACUAUUAUUUUUAAAAUGUA